AUGCAGCAGGCUUCAAGUUGGAAUAAAUACAUCAAAUAUGGACUCAUCAUUGGCCUGCUACUGGCAGUUUUCUUUGUGUAUCAAAUCGAAUUCAGUAAUCCCAUACCAAAGAGCAACAAAACCUCGGCUGAUUAUUUGAUGAAUGACCAAGCUCAACAACAACAUCACUUUCAAGAUACGUCAAAUACCAACAGUUCGCUUGCCACUGCAUGUGAUUGCCCAACACCAUUUUCCAAUGUUUCGUUUCUUCACCAUGGCGAGAAAUCACCCAUCUUUGUGCCUGAAGACCUUUCUGUGAUGCAGCCUGAUGUGCUGGAUAAGCUCAACCUCAAUAAACAGAGCGAUGGCACUGUGAUCAUCACUGUGGCGGGCUACGGCAUGCGACAUGAACUGUACAAUUGGAUACACUACAUGCAGACAGCCAAAGAGAAGAAAUACGUUGUAUUCUGCACAGAUGCUAAAUUAUACUUGCACUUGAUCGUUGCUGGUCACGAAGAGAGAGUAGCGCUGGUGCCAGAAGACUGGUACGUCAAUGAUGUCGAUCUCUUUACCCGUACAAAUGUCUCCAUGCUGGAUGACGCCCGUUUAUCGCAUGUCAAAACAUGGAUUUUGCAGAGAUUAGUCUACUCUGACACGCCUAUCAAUGCAUUGAUGUUGGACGCCAAUCAGAUCAUGAUCCAUAAACGCACUCGAGAAUAUAUCCAAACUUUACUGCACAUUCGAGAAGAUACCCAAAUUAUUGCUACACAAGACGGCUUGGAUCAGCAUACCAUCAACACUGGCUUAAUGUUGAUUCGUAGCCACGGACAUUUGGCUAAACGAGUCUUGGCAAGCACCAUCCAAAUACAAGAAAAGCAACCCACCUUGCAUCAACAAGAAGCAUUCAAUCAAGCACUAGAUCAGAUGGAACUUCAUGUGAAAACUGGAAUGACUGUGUUGCUGGAUAUCAUUCAUUUCCCUAAUGGUGUAAAUUACUUUGAGCAGAACCUUCCAGGCUCCAAAGGCAUUAAGCCUUAUGUUAUUCACGCGAAUCACAAGUUUGGACAGGAAAGAAUUGAUGUGCUGAAGGAGCAUGGCUUCUGGAAAGUGAGCGAGGAUUUCGUGGAUGGCAUCAGCCGCCAAGUGGAAGACAUUUUGCAAAGAACACACCAAUUAGAACUGCAACAAGCACAAGACACAGAGACUGAAGCAGAAGCAGAGCAGCCAGUGAACGAAUAA